AACUCCAAACCGGAAAUUACUUUGUCGCUGCGUCAGCUCGACGGAGGUUGGUUGGGUCACGCUGCAGCCCCGGCCGGAUGUUUUGUUGCGUCCGUCUCCGGCCCAGGAUGGAAGGCGUUGCUCGUUUUCGCCCCGAGCUGGUGUAGCGGCGUCCCUGACGGGCUCAGAUGAGUGGAGCUUUGUGAAGGAGCGCUGCUCGGCCCGGUGUGCUGGAUGUCUGUGACGGAUCCAUGGGCCAGAAGGACCAUGUGGAGGCGGGAGCAGUCCUCGACCUGGCGCCGGACCUGGAGUAUCUCCACGUAGCAGGGGCCGACCGGCAGGCUGGCGGCCUUUACGGACCCCUUGCUAUGGAGGAGCAGGCGGAGAGCUUCACCACCACCGCCGCUGCUGGUUCCCCUCCGGAGGAGAGCGGUGGGUCUGAUGGCGAGUGCAAGGCGGCGCCGACAGCCACGGCAGACUCAGACGGAGGAGAAGUCAGCUACACUUCCAGUAAAAACACCCACCAGCCGCUGUGCCGCACACCAUGUGUAGAUCUGGGCACAGAGGGGCCUCCGGAGCCUCCGUCGGAUCCCUCAGGAGAACCGGAGCAGGAACCGGCCGAGCCUCCAACCGAAUCCCCCACACCGGCACCAGAGCCCAAGCUGGCGGGGAAGAACUAUCAGGCGAAGCUGGAGUUCGCCUUGAAGCUGGGUUACUCUGAAGAGACUGUGCACCAGGUGCUGUCCAAGCUCGGACCCGACACCCUCAUCAACGACAUACUGGGCGAAUUGGUCAAACUGGGCACCAAACCUGACAGCGAGCAGCCAGCGGGAAUAUUGACCUCUACCUCAUCGUCUUCAUCAUCCUCUUCUUGCGGCUGCCCUGACGUGCUAGACGGGCAAAGAUCGGACUCUCCACUGCCCCCGGAGUCUGUCUGUGACCAGGACAACCUGCGACCGAUCGUGGUGGACGGCAGCAACGUGGCCAUGAGUCAUGGAAACAAGGAGGUUUUCUCCUGUCAGGGCAUCCAGCUGGCUGUAGAGUGGUUUGUGGAGCGCGGCCAUCAGGAAAUCACGGUUUUUGUGCCUGCUUGGAGGAAAGAGCAGUCCCGCCCUGAUGCUCCCAUAACAGAUCAGGAGAUCCUGCGGCGCCUCGAGAAAGAAAAAAUCCUGGUCUUCACCCCCUCACGGCGUGUCCAAGGCCGGCGCGUGGUCUGUUAUGACGAUCGCUUCAUCGUCAAGCUAGCUUAUGAGUCAGAUGGCAUCAUCGUCUCCAAUGACAACUACAGAGACCUGGCUAAUGAAAAGCCUGAGUGGAAGAAGUUCAUAGACGAGCGGCUCCUCAUGUAUUCCUUUGUCAAUGACAAAUUUAUGCCUCCAGAUGACCCUCUGGGACGUCACGGUCCCAGCCUGGACAACUUCUUGAGGAAAAGGCCAAUCCUGCCUGAGCAGAAGAAACAACCCUGUCCAUAUGGAAAAAAGUGCACGUAUGGCAAGUGCAAGUACUACCACCCUGAGAGAGGAGCUCAGCCUCAGCGCGCCGUGGCCGAUGAGUUGCGUGCCAGUGCCAAGAGCUGCGUCCCCUCCAAGACAGGGGAUGCUGGACUGGUGAAGAGCCACAGUGUGCCAGCUGGCACCAUCGAGGCAAAAAACGGUGCCCCAAAAAGGCAAUCGGAUCCCAGCAUCCGAGCUCUGUCGUACAGUGACGCUGAGGAGAAGCUACUGGUGAAAAGCAGACUAGAAAGCCAGAAGAGCAACAUAGGUGGGAGCAGCAGUAGCAGUUCUACUAGCAGCAUCAGCUGUAGCGGAGGUUUAGCUGUGUCCUCAGCCCUGGCAGGACUGUCACCUGGCUUUAGUCUGUUGCAAGACCAACAGCCCAGAUCAGGGACACAUCUACCGGCCCCCAGCCAUGAUCUCUACCCUCACUGUGACUCCAGACUUAAGCUACUACUCUGUAAACGGGCCUACUCUGGCCUGAGCCUCUCCUCCCGGCGAAGCCCGGACUGCCGCUACCCCAACGAUCCGGAGCUGCGGCACGGCUCCAUGGGCUCCGCGGGUUCUGAAUGUGGGAGUGAAAGCAGCAUCAGUUGUGGUAGCAGUGACUCGUACAGUGACCGUUCCUGUCCUGGAUGCCCCCCAGAAUCUUUAUUAGAAGAAAGCGUUCAUUUCCCCAACCCCGCUGGCCGCCUGUACCCUCAUCACAUCACUUCUAACCACGAGCUGUGCAGUCUGCAUGCGGCAGAUUACCCAGCAAUCCAACACAACCACACCUCUAAUCCAGCUGUUCAUCCCUACCAUCUGAAUGCUGCGUGUGGGCAGAGCUGUGUUCAUGAGCAGCCUCCACCAGAGGGACCCCCUAAGCGACCCCUUUACCCUCUGCCUCCUCACCUCCAACACCAGCCGCUAGCUGCCCGCUCCAGCUGCCCUGGCGAUUACCACUCUCUGCCUCAGUCCAACCGUCAAGCCCCUGGAUCUCCCAUUGGCCGCUGCCUGGCCCCCACUCGCAGCGAAAGCGUAUCCGACUCGCAUCUGUACGAGCAUCUCUCUGCGUCUCACCACCACCAUCGACCGAAAACGCUGCCCAGCUGGGAGACUUAUUACAGACAGCCGUCACUCCCACCGUCGCGGUUCGAGCCGUCAGCCUACCAGAGUCUGCCAGAUACGCAUCAGUCAUCCUGGCACCCUGCACCGUGGCCUCAAGAGGGCUACAGCUCGUCUCACCCAGCUCUGCACCCAUCCCCGACACGUUACCUAGGCCACCCGCCGCCACCAGCCCUCUCUUCCCACCCUCCUUACCCCCGUCACAGCGCUCAUCUCGCUCUUCCCUCACACCCUCCUCCUCCGUACGGGCCGCAGCACCCGGAGUCCCCCGUGCACAGCCGCUACGAAGACAUGAGGGAGAAGGUGUACAUUGACCUUUGCAACAUCUUCCCUUCGGAGCUGGUGAGGCGUGUGAUGGCGAGGAGCCUCCAUGUCACAGACCCCCAGCAGCUGGCUGCUGCCAUCUUGGCAGAGAAAGCUCAAAGUGGCUACUAAAGAAUCCCCUCCCUAAGCAAUGUAGGUGCAGUCUUAAAGGGGCAGUAUUAUAUAAUUUCAGGCAUCUAGUAAUUAUAAAAAUGCUCUAUAUGGGUGUCACAAAUGACUUUAAAAAGUUUUAAUUUAAUCAAACAUGCAUGAAAGAAUCAAAUCAGCUCUCCAGGAAUGUUUUUGAUGAGGGAAUAACAUCAUAACUUGACGUAAAGCUCCAAAGAGCAUAUUUUACAAUAAGAAAUACCUGGAAGAUGCUGACAUCAAUUAUUAAACAAUACACAGAUGUAUUGUACUCUUGCGAACACAAAAUACUGUUUUAAUGUUUUUCUAGGAUGCUAAAACACAUUUCCAGCUUUAUAUCCAAAACUGCUGGCCUUUCCUACAGAGUAUUCAGACUUUUCUUUUGUCUGUAUUUAAUUAUGAUGAAGUUAAGCUACAGGACACUUGGCUAACAUUUGAUAAUUCAGUUACUUAACACUUUGUACUUCAAAGAACUUUUAUAUCAUAUACGCCUCAUGUUGUCAAUAAGAGUUAGCUUUGACUGGAUAAGGCCGUUUAGAGAAACCUGCAGAAAUGCAGUUAUUUGGGUUAAAGUUCACAUGUGCGGUGUGCUUGGAAAUUAGUUUAAAAACACUUAAAAACGAUGUAUUUACAGAUUAAUGAUCUUUAUGCUACAGUUCAUUCUCUGGUACUUUGUCUGUUUCCUGAAUCAAUCUUUUUGUGUGUGUGUGUUGUGUUGUUUGCUGGGGGUUUUAUUCCAUGAUUGUUUAAAACAAAAAAAAGGGGUGUUCAAAAUGUCGUCUUAUUGAGACGGCAGUCUUUUUGGUCAGAGUUGUAAGCCGUAGAGAUGGGUGACCCUGUCCUGUGUACCUUAGUUUUAGUAAGGACAUCUCUCUCAUUCUCUCUCUCUCUGUAAGACUUCUGGGUCAACUCUGGUUAUCUGCUUCAGUUCAGGCUCAUCGUCGACAGCAAGUGUAAAUAUAUUUAACCGUUUCCUUCACUUUGCUUUCGGGGACAGUAAAGUCUGCUGUCGCCUGGAGCAGAUCCCAGCUGAAUUCACGCUAGAUGGAGAAAAACCCUGUUUGAUACAAAUUGUAUCAUGAACUAAGUCGCUGACAUUAUAUACAGUACAAGGACUUGUUGAUGUAAUGCGAAAUGACAACCGUUCUGUUUUAAUCGCAAUUUUCCUACUUUUAUUCUUAAAAAUAGCUCUGCGACAAUUCAUUUCAAUAUAUUUUUUUGAAACAUAGUUGCAGACCUACUAUGUCAAGGUAUCAACUCCAUUACUUGUUUUCUUUGGGUUUUGUUAUUGGCUACGUUGGUAAAGAUGUGUAAGUAGAAACCAAUUUUACAUUUACACAAUCGCAAUAAAUGAGGAAAAAGUAAAUUUUCACAUAUCUAUUUGACAUAGUGGGUCUUUAUACACAUCAAUAGCAGGGUGGGCAAUAACAGUGGAAGCUGCUGUAAAUAACCAUUAAAGGAACAUUUAGUGAAUGACAGCCUGAUUUUACUGUAAGGUUGGGAUCACUACGUUUUUAAAUCUCCAUUCUCCGUUUAUUUGCGUUUUUAUUUAAGUAACACAAGUUGUAAUGGAAGAAUGUAAAACAAUUUCUCCCAAGUCAUGAAUUCAGUAGAGUUCAUUCAUGACUAACGUACAAUUUAGAUGCUAUCCCUGUGGCCAUUUUGAAUUUCUCUAACGCCCAAAUAGCAUUAUUUUCAUCACACAUACAUACCCUAUAUUUAUUUACAAACUUUAUUUGGUUUGACCAUUUAUUUGGGGCAUACAAGUUAAUGAUGUCGUUUUCUUAAUCCCAAUGGGACGCAUGGUAUUUAUAUAUAGUCAAAAUGAUUUAAGUAAAUUAAUGAGCAGUUUUUAAUAUAUUUGUGAAAAUUGCUUAUGAAAAUACUAUAAAGCAUUGAGCAUGGUUUUGAUAAAAUUUUAUUCAGAUUUGUUUCCACUCUGACAAUGUUUUGCCAUGUAAUUGCAAAAAAGCACUUAGAAAAAAAAAUACAGGAGAUUAUAUGACUUGAAAACGCAAAUCUUUUAAAUUAGAAAAAAUUCAAACCCCCAUUUGAAGUUCAAAAUGGCUACCAAGGAGGGUAGCUUGAGUGAGCCUUGUUAUGAGCUUGCUUCAUAGACCACGGUGACACAUUGUACAAAUAUCUGUUUAACUGUACAAUAAUACUGAGAGAGAAUUAUUUGUGUUUAUUGAAGAAGCGCCUUCCCUCCAGCUUCCUGGCACUGUGUGUCAGUGUGGCGACUGAGCGUGGGCCCAAAGUAAUGCCUCUUCGUGGCAUUGUGCUUAUGACACAUCCGAUAAUCUGAACUAUGUUCAGCUAACUAUUAUGCAUGAAGUUUUUUUUAAUUCUUAGUUUUCUGCAUGAGUUGUUUUUGUCUUGCCAUGAUGUUACUUAAAUGUUUGUUUACUGGUAGAUUUUCUGAGCAGCCACAACAAACCAGGAUGCUUUAAUUAUGAAGGGGGCGUCACCUCCUCUCCUCUUCACUGCAUCCUGUGGUAACAUCUGACUUGUAAGUAUUUUAAAAUUGACUCGAAGGCUAAAAAUCCAGUUUCACAUUUGUUACAUUUUCUCAAUAAACUAACAGUGUAAAAACUUCAA